CCUUCUUUGUUUCGUUUUCUCUUUUAUUUCUUUAACCUCCUUUUUUUUUUCUAGUUGUUGUUAUUCUCUCUCUCUCUCUCUCUCUCUUUCUUUUUUUUUUCUAUUUUAUAUAUAUAUACAUAUAUAUAUAUACAUACACACAUAUAUAUAUAUUUUAUCUAACGAAUGUACAAUCCUUCCAUGUUAUUAUCACCCAUUGGUAAAAGAAGAGAGAUAGAAGGCGAUGAUAUUUCACUAGAGACAAGCCAACUCAUGAUUCGUUCACCCACGCAUGGUACAAGCCAUCUUAAAAGACCUCGUUAUGAGCCCAGCUGGACAAUUGAUGAUUUAUGCACACAUCCAUGUAGUCCUCUUGCUGCCAUUGAUCUAGAGUCGAUUUUCAACAUGUCGACGUUCCACUUGUUAUCACCCGAAAAGAGAGAAGACUUGUGUCAAAUGUUACCCGAAAUGGAUCAACCGUCUUAUCUGAGUCAUGAUUAUGAAUCCACCCCACCUUCCUCCUACAACACCCCAAACAACACUUUUUUCUCUAAAGCAGAAAAUCCCAUUUUUUGGAACACCCUCUCCGAUUGGCAAACCAUGCUAGGAGGAGGGGAUUACGCACAACUUCCACCCGCAUCCCCUUCACCACCCACACAUAGCAGCAGCAAUAAAUCCACAAGUACCACAUCUACCUUGAAUAACCACAAUAGAACAAAACCCUCCAUAAAGUCCAAAAAGGACAAAUUCAAGGAUGAAGGCUUUGAGUCUUACUGGGGAGAGCUGAUUGACAAGGAGAGAGCUCACAAUGUUGCGGGUGACUCCAAAAAUAUUACAUUAAAAGACAUGUGCCGCAAGGCCUUGAUACGCGAAGGCGAUGUCAUUGUAUAUAAACGCAAUUUUAGCGCGUGUAAAGUAGUUGUAUCUAAAUCCAUGACUGUCGUCAAGGCAAGCGGGCUCUCGGGUAUAUCAAUAAAGUUAGACGAUGAAAUCUUUGAGGAUUUCGAAACCCCGACUGCCUUAGAAACAAAGAUUUUAGACCACCAUGGAAAAGUCACCAAAGAUAAACGUCCUAAUGGCAAUGCAUUUAAAAGCAUUCGACUUAUUCGAGCUGGCAAAGAUAUGGGUCGAUUAUUUGAUAUUCGCAAAGAUGGUUUUGGUGAACAAUCUGGAUAUUAGUUUUUUAUAUCUAACCCUUUUUUAUUUCUUUAUAAAAAAACAAACACAAGCCUUUUUUUUUUUUUUUUUUAUUAUUUU